GGUUUCAUUAAGCCAAAGAUUAGGCAUUUUGGUAUUUUCAAGUUGCAAGGUGUAAUUUUUUUACUACCCUCUUGCCUAUAUAAAUGCUAGCAUGUAUAGUGAGCAAAUCAUUAACGUUUGAGUCCAAACACUUCAGCAUUCGCAGACACAAUUUCUGCUGCAAUGGCACUUCGCGAGCUUGUACUGCUAGGAAUAUUACUUCUAGUUUGUGUUGCCAAGGUUUCAUCUGAUGUUAACUCAGAAAAAGAAGAAAACGAGGAAAUUGGCUUUCCUGAUGACCCUCUUAUAGUGAGAGACGGGAACAGAAGGCUAAUGCAAGACAUAGAUUGUGGAGGGUUGUGCAAAACAAGGUGUGGUGCCCAUUCCAGGCCAAACUUGUGCCACAGAGCAUGUGGGACGUGCUGUGUGAGGUGCAAGUGUGUUCCACCUGGUACUUCUGGUAAUAGGGAACUCUGUGGGACUUGCUACACUGACAUGACCACUCAUGGUAACAAAACCAAGUGUCCUUAGACCUUAGAUGUUAACAACCCCAACCAAGGUUCAGUCCAAUCUAAUUGGUCUCGUAUCUGAGCUCAUCUCAACAACCAAGUUCUAGUUCUACUUCAGUACAAACGUGUUCUGCUUUAGUACAAAAAUAUGAUGUUUGAGUCUUAAGAUGUGUUCUUGAUUUUGCCUUUUUUUAUAAUGCUAUGGUACUUUUCUUUAACCUAUAGUGCACACACCGUGUUCUUAGUUGUGGAUCUUGUCAUAAUCUAUAAAUAUGAUAUAACCUGUCCA